GAGAGAGACAGACAGACAGACCGCAGUAACGAUACUGACGGGGAUUCAAACGGAAAUGAACUUCAGCCUUUGAUCGCUUGCUUGUCUUUGGCGGCGCUCGCGCGCGUCUCUCCGGUGAACUUCAUGCGGUUUGGUCGCUUUAACGGCUCUGAGCGGAGCUUUGUGUAUUUCAUCCCAUCACUGUUUACUGUGUCGUUCAAAAAGUUCUGGACUUUACACCAUUAUUAGCAGAUAAUCUAAAAAGAAAACAACACCAUGAGAGCUCAAAUCGAGGUGAUCCCCUGUAAGAUCUGUGGGGAUAAAUCAUCAGGGAUCCAUUAUGGAGUGAUCACAUGUGAAGGAUGUAAGGGUUUUUUUCGGCGGAGUCAGCAGAAUAACACCAUGUACUCGUGUUCUCGGCAGAAGAAUUGUGUUAUCGAUCGGACGAACAGAAACCGGUGUCAGCACUGCCGGCUACAGAAAUGCCUGGCGUUCGGCAUGAGCCGCGACGCGGUGAAGUUUGGCCGCAUGUCUAAAAAGCAGCGUGACAGCCUGUACGCUGAGGUGCAGAAACAUCAGCAGGGUCAGGAGUGCGUCAGCAGCAGCGUGUCGUCUGGUGGAGCGGGUGAGGAACCCGGGGAGAACAGCCCUGAUGGACACCCGCGAACCUGCAGCCGCAGCUCCAGCACGGCCCUCAGCGACCUCGACGACCUCGGAGGCCUGCUGUUUGACCUGCCACUGACCUCGGAGGACGAGUACAGCGGCCUCGAGCCACAGGGCAACGACAGGACCGGUGGAGAAGGGAGCAGCGGAAGGAGCAACUCGUCCUCUCACAGCUCCACAGAGUCAAAACACAAUUACCAGCUUCUUCAUUCGCACUCGCCGCUCAACGAGGGGUUCUCGCUGCUCGAGACAGAACGCAUCGCUCAGAGUGUGGUGAAGUCACAUGUAGAGACGGGUCAGUACAGUACAGAGGAACUGAAACGUCUUGCACGGAACCUGUACACAGCCGAGGAGACUCGCACCUACCAGAACAAACCGACAGAGGUGAUGUGGCAGCAGUGUGUGGCGCAUCUCACUAACGCCAUCCAGUACGUGGUGGAGUUCGCCAAGCGCAUCUCCGGCUUCAUGGAGUUGUGCCAGAACGACCAGAUCAUCCUGCUCAAAGCAGGAUGUCUGAGCGUGCUGCUGAUUCAGAUGUGUCGAGCUUACGACCCAGCGAACCACACGCUGCUCUUCGACGGGAAGUUCGCGAGCGUCCAGCUCUUUAAAGCUCUCGGUUGUGAUGACCUGGUGAAUGCUGUAUUUGAACUUGCUAAAUCCAUGAGCCGCCUGCAGCUCUCAGAAGAAGAAAUGGCUCUGUUCAGCGCCGCCAUCCUGUUCUCCCCAGAUCGGCCGUGGCUUACAGACAGACAGCAGGUUCAGAGGCUGCAGGAGAAAGUAUAUCAGGCGCUGCAGCGCUGUCUGAACAGAGAGGGUGCCAAUGAGCACAAACUCAACAAGAUGCUGGCUAAGCUUCCUGUGAUAAAGUCCAUCUGCAACCUCCACGUCGACAAGCUGGAGUUUUUCCGUCUGCUCCACCCGGAAACAGCCUGCAGCUUCCCCCCACUGUAUCGGGAGGUGUUCGGGAGUGAGAGCUUCUUACCUGACUCCACCAAGGGCUAGAGGAUGCCAGAGCAUCACUCAAACUGGUGCUCGAGAGACUGAAAGAAAGACAGAGACCAAGAGAGGGUGAGAAAGAUGUAGGGAUGAAACAAAAGACUGGAAGAUUGUGAAGCGUCAUGAACAGACCAGCAGCUCACUGACAAUCCUGCACACAACACUCUCAGAAUCCCGCUCUCUUUUUUUCUGUGAGCUCUUUCCUUCACAGGUGAUCGACGGUGCAGCCUGAGCGAAAUAACCAAAGGGGCAUUUAAGGGAGAGCGGUGCUGAUCGUAGAUGUAGGAUUGUUUUAACUGACAAGUAAAAACAUCAGAAGGAAAAUGUUCAGGUGGACGGAUACUUUGGUGCUGGAAUAUUGGGGCUAAUUUGAGUUCACCUACAUCCAUGAUAAAUUCUAUUGACGAGUGAUAAUAUGCAGAACUUAAGUCCUAUUCGGACGGGAUUAGUUUUACGUGGGGACGUGGGGGUAAAGUAAUUAUUACCAGAGCUUCUCGUGAUUUUAGUCCCGUCCGAAUGUGCCAUCUCGGUAAUCAUUACGGACAAUGUCAGUAAAGAUUACGGCGACUUUUACCUUCUGUAAAAAGGUCCGGAAAAAUGACCUCAGGUAAUACUAAUCCCGUCCGAAUAGACCCGCUGUAAAUAUGUACGGUAAAAUUCCGUCAUUUCCUGUUUAAAAGUAGUUUUUGGCGCGUUUUGCAAGCAUGGAGGCGCUUGAAGAAGCAUUCGGUUGCGUUGUAGGUGGUGGGCCGACUCUGUGGCAAACCUCCGGUGUUUUCCGCAUACCAUUUAAAGCAAAAAGAACAGGAAGCAACGUCGUACGCACAUGACGACAAGGAGGUUAUUGUGGUGCGUAAAGCGAGUUACCCCUCCCACUUCUGCUAGUUUUACUGAGAUGUCUUGUCCCGUGUGAAUUGGCCAAUUAAUAUUACAGACGUCCUGAGGUAAAAUUGCAUUACUCCACGUCCCCACGUAAAACUAAUCCCGUCCGAAUAGGCUUUAUAGCUAUAAAUCUGUCAGAAUGAUUGGUUCAGUUAAGCUACUUGAGUUUCAUCAAAACUAUCCCUUAAAAUGUUAUUCUUAUUGUAGCAGAUUCAUAUGAAUAUAAGCUCGGUUCAGAAAACCAGACGUUUUGGGGCAAAAGUUGCUUUUAGUUGGUGACAAGAACAUAAUUGACAUCAACAGCUAAGCGACUCAACCAACACUGGCAUGCUAUCCUGUUGUCAUGUUUAUUUUACCAUGGUACAUGAUCAUGCUGGUAUCUGCAAGAAAACUGAUAAAUUGCUUUUCAAAAAAAAAAUUUAAAAAAAAUCAGGACCGCUAAUCACAUUAAAUCAAGAAAAUUUAAUUCUAGAAUUUUUUUUUUAGAUUACGUUUACCGAUGGUUAGCUAGCUGAUCAAUGAUUAAAUUUUAGCAUGAUGCAAAAUAAUUCUGUGUAUUUUAUGUUACAAGCUGUUCACCACUCACAUUUAGAAGAAUGUAAAAUUCAGAUUUCUGUCUGCUAAAUGCAGCAAAAGAUCCCUGCUGGAAAGUUUUGGCACCUUUUCUUGACUAUUCCUUUUGGACACUUUCUAUCCCUCUACACCAGAGGAGAACAGUUGGCAUCGUAUGGAACGGAUGUAGGUCAAGAGCUCAUAUCUUGACUUACUCUGUUGGACUCAACCCAACUUUUUUCGUCGUUUUUUCUGAAUGUAGUUGAAAUGUAGCUCGGCCUCGAUGGACGAGACAGAAUGUAUUCGUUUAGUUUCUUAUCCUCUGCAUUUUAAUGAUGCUAAUCUGCUGAUACAACACAUGCAUGUGAACGAGGCUGCGUGCACAUUGGUUGAGGUCUUCUUUCUGACCUUUAUAUCUUUUUAGUAUUAUUAAUUUAAAUUUAAGGAGAAAAAAAAAAACCUUUGUUCCAUUUGUUCUUUUUUUUCUGGAAAUACGACUCUAGAAUGAAACGUGUAUGUUUUUUGAUAAUUUGAUAUUUUGAUUUAGAUUUUUCUGUAAUUAAAAUAGAUGUGUGUAUAAAGCAUUUGAAAUUAGAAUAUAUAUUUAUAUAUUAAGUAUAUAUUGUAUAUAGAUACAUGCAGAAUGAACUAUUUAACAAAACAGUGACGUGUGAUACACAGUACUGUGUUUUCCAGACUAUAGUACCAUUAUUAUGGUCUAUAGGGUUUUUGCAUUAGCCUGAUUGUCAGCAGUUUUAUGGUAUUCAUUGUGCUCAAACAAACAAACAAAAGUGUGUAAAGUGAGUUUUUAUAAAUCUAAAAUGAGUUUUUCUGCCAUUUAUAAAAUAUUCACUUUUUUUUUUGCUUUCAAUAGAACUAUAAAAAUGUUCAUUUAGACAGGAAUCGUGUAAAGUGUAAUAUUUUAGUCAAAAAUACAUUCAGAGAACCAAUUAUCAACAAUUUUAAAUAUUUUAAAUUUACUUCAGUAUAAAUCAUAUUUUAGUAACAUACAUGCAAUACCAGGUGUUAUUUUUUUUAUUUUUAAUAGAUUUGGUUGAGGUGCUGCCCUGUGAUGGGUUGGCACUCCGUCCAGUGUGUAUCCUGCCUUGAUGCCCGAUGACACCUGAGAUAGGCACAGGCUCCCCGUGACCCGAGGUAGUUCAGAUAAGCGGUAGAGGAUGAGAGUGAGAGUGGUUGAAGCGCUAGCUAACUCGUGUUUCACAGCUAGCGAUACAGCAACGCUACAUUUAGUGAGACUAGAUUAGUUUCUACAUUCAAGUUAAACAUCAUAGGUUCAUCAAAACUAUUUACAUAACAUGAAUUACGCUUUUUUUAAUUUCAAAUUUAGAAUUUAAUAAACUUUUGCCGUGUUCAUCAAAAUUUAAAAACAACAUGGCAGACACUAGGGGGCGAACUCAGACCUUUGUAUGUGAGAUUUACAAAUAUUAAUCAGGCACAAGAGGAAACGAUACAGUUACUACACUGAAAAUAAUGGAGCAAGGAAAAGUUAAAAUUUAGAAAUGUUUUAAAUUAAAACAAUUGCAAUAACAGAGUGAGGUAUAUACUGAUUUUUUUCUCUUUAAACAGACCAAGUUUAGGAGUGUGUCUUAUAGUCUGGAAAAUACAGGGUCAUGAUUAAUAAUAAUAAUAAUAAUAAUAAUAAUAAUAAUAAUAAUAAUAAUAAACAUUCUGACUCAAACUGACCAGACGCUGCUGUUUUUAUGCAGAUGAAUAGCACUUAUAAAUUUUACACCUCGAAAAAUGAGGAAAGUUUGUACACUCUCGUAACCUCAGGCUUGGUGAUAUUCAGGUUCAUGCUCUUUCUCUCUCUCUCUCUCCCUCUCUCUUUCUCUCUCUCUCUCUCUCUCUCUCUCUCUCUCUCUCUCUCUCUCUCACACACACAGACAGACUGCUGUUCUCUGAACUCAGUAGAUUUUGUCCUUGUCUCUUAUCCCUUUAAGUGACCCAAGUCAUUUAACACACUUUGAGUGUAUUUAACACAAACCGAUGAAUGAACAUUUAAAUUUUGCACACACCACAUUUUACUAUGCACCAGGGUCGGACAUGAUGCGAAACAGAACUGACAUGCAGGUCAAACAGAGACGUAUCAGCCUAAAUAUAAGCUGCUUAUUCUUUAAUUAUUAUGGAUUCAUGUUGUAUUUUAAAACGUAUUACACAUUCACAACUGCAGGUGGCACUACAGUGAAGCUAAAGAGCCCAAUUCAACCUGUUAACUGCUUAAAGAUAAAAUAUGUUGAAGACUCAGUCUGUAACAUAUUUUAGGUCUUAUAGUUAUUUAAAGAAUUAUAUUUUAAAACAAACAAAAAUUAAAUGAUAAACUUUAUCAGAGUUCUUAGCAAAUUGUAUAUUAAAAAAAUAUACAGAAAAGAUUUGGUCUUUAUAAUAAGGGAGAGAUGAAAUAAGACAGUAUUCAAGACACAUGUUUAACUUUUUAAAAUCUGGUUGUGAAUUUUUUUUUUUGGUAAACAUUUACUGUCACUUUUUGUCUGUUAUACAACCACAACUUGAAGUGACUUGUUACACAAAUCAAAUACAGAUUUCUCUUUUCUCUCUCUCUCUCUCUCUCUCUCUCUCUCUCUCUCUCUCUCUCUCUCUCAAAAGCGACUUACGAAUGUUUUCCUCGUCUGGGCGGUGGGCACUUGCUCCAUAUCUGGUGGUUUUUUUGCACUGUUUAAAUAGUGGUCCUUUAAACCUGUAGUUACUGGUUUCCUUGAGGUUUUUUUAGGGGGAAAAAAUAAAUUAAAAAAAUCUGGUUAUAAAACAGUUCUCUGGGUGUUUAAGGCGGUGUCGAUAACUGGACUGUACAAUAGAUAUAAUGUUGAUUCAUCCAAGCAGGGGACAGAUAACAGGAUCAUUUGGUUUAAAAUUAAAAGAUUCAUUGUAAAGUGAAGGAAAACGUUUUGCUACUUCGUGCACACACACACACACACACGCACAUGCACACACACACACACUCAGGGAGUUAGCUGGGCUCUUGGUCCUAUAUCAUCAUCGACACCUGUAACCCUCCAGAUGUCCUCGAACCUUCAUCACUGUGCUAGUAACUGCUGUCCUGAAUGUUAAGAUGUCACACAGAAGUGUCACUUUUUUCUAAAUUAAAUAGGAUCUUGUAUAGCUAUAAAUUAUAUAUUAAAACAUAUAAAGAUGGAUUCUAGUUUUUGAAUUUUGUUUUUCUCUUUUUUUGUGAUUUCUCAUGGCUGUCUUUUUUUCCUGCAGUGUUUCUUUACUCAACCGUUUAGCGUCAUCAGCGUUCACGCAAACUGUACUUAUAUUUUUUAAUAGAGUGUUUUUCAUGAUCCUUCUGUUUUCUUUAUUUCUGGGGUAAUUGUUUAAAAAGAUUUAAAAUUACAUAGAUUUUAAUAAAUAUAAUUUAUGACAUGGAUGCAAGUAUUAAAAAAGACAAAUCUGAUGUAGAAUUGUAUUUUGGGGAUAAAAUAUAUGUGGAUUAAAAGUGGAAUAAAGGGCUCUUUACAUACCGUA